CACAAAAAUGGCAGAAGUUGCGGACGAGCAAGAGCAGCUUUCCUACUCAGAAGCUUCUGCAGCUGAAGUUAUCUUAAAAAUGUCUGAAUAUCAGUUUAUUGCUGUAGUUCAGGAUGGCAAUACGUGUGAGCCUAUGGAACAAGUUAUUAAUGAAAAUGGUGAUCCAGUUGCAGUAAACACCAAUGAGUAUUAUGAGACAGUCGGGGAACCAGUUGAGCUUGGUUUUGUUAACGAAGAAAUAUCGGAACAAGUUGCAAGCGAAGACCACGAACAGGAAAUCAUAGAAGAAGCAAUAGAAAUUACACCUGAAGAAGUCAAUUUUGUUAUGGGUGAGAUUACGAAAAAUUCUACAGAAAAUACACUUUUAAUUCAGCGAACGCCAAAAGAACAUGACAAGAAAACUAAUAAUGUAGGGGAUCUAGAUAGUGGGGAAGAAUUAAAGCAAAAACAUUUAUUAUUUUCCCUAGGAACAAAACUUCCUAAUUCUGAUAAAUUAGUUAGGGAAAAAAGAAAACGAGUCAAGAGUUCAUUGUUCAUAGGAUAUACCUCAGAAGCUGCUGAGGUACUAAGGGACUUUGAAAACCUUAAAGAAGAAUUAAAUAUUAAAAGCAAUGUUGAAAUGCUGCAAAGGUUGAUAAAUAACACUCGAAAAGAAAGUGUGACUAGUUCAACUUCUGUUGGUGAUACCAUUGUUGACACAAAUGACGAAAAUGCGAAAGUCUUACUUCAGUUAUUCACAAACAGUGAAGAGCAAGAUAAAAAUGGAGAAUGCUCAUCAAUGUUACAGGAACAAGUAUCAAUUAAUCUUAUUAACAGUGCUGAACAGGUUUUAGCACAAAAUGAUGUAACCAAUGUUCUUGGACUGACUGCACUAAACAUAAAAACGAUACAGUUAUCAAAGAAAUACCUAGAGCAUGUAAAUAAAGAUGGAUACUAUAUUUCUGGGUUUGUUGAUGGUUCAGAAAAACUCGACGAGUUCUUAAAGCUGUUUAGACUUAUAACCGGUUCAUCCUUUUCUAUUCGAAGAUCAAAAGUAAAAAUAAAUGACGAUCCGGAACCUGAGGAAAAGCCGCUAAGAAAAUACAAGCCAGGAUAUCUUGGGAAAGGUCAAAUCAAAUGGGAAAAAAACAUUGGUAUACCUCCCAUUCCGUUCACUGGAGUUCCAUUCACCACAGAAGGUAGUACGACGUAUCAAUGUAUAUAUGGACCGAAGCGUAGUAAAAUGAAUUUACCAACUGGGCAGAAAGAAAAUACAGAUGAUGAGAUACAUCAGAUCGAAACAUACGGUCCGAAACGUCGAAAAAGCUCACGAGAAUCUAAAAAGAAAGACUGUCCUGCUCAAAUACACAUACGAACUGUUCACCGUUUUCCAACGUACAACUGUUUGUCUCCGAUACAACCUGUAAAGACUUCUGACACCACAAUGUAUGUCAAUAGGUGUCAACGAGGAAUAAUACUUGCUAAAUUAAGAGAAGACAUUAUCAAUGAAAAGGUCCAUGGUGACCAAGGAUUUUGGAUUCGAGUUCCGCUACCGGAAGUACAUCAGAAUCACUCACUCGGGCCGUUUGACGGAUGCGAUCCUCCUUUAAACGAAGAGACAAUCCUAGAAAUGAAGUCGAUACUGCAGAAUGCUGCCAUAUCGUCGUAAUAUAGUUGAGACAUCGAGGAUGUUUAAUAUAUAAAUCAUAUGAAAUAAUAUUUCCUGCAAGAAAGUUUAUUUAUCUGAUUAGAUUGAUUUAUAACGGAA